CCGGUCAGUGUUUAUAUCUCCGAGAAAAGCAUCAUCCUUUUUAAAAAAAAUCUCACUUCCGCAUUUGUUGUCUCCUAUCGGAAAAUUUCAUCUUUCCCUGAAAGACAAAAGAAAAUUCACUGUUCCCUCUAGGAUGGCUAUGGUAAAGAGUGGCUGGCUCCAUCGACAAAGCACCAUACUGCGUCGGUGGAAAAGAAACUGGUUUGACUUGUGGGCUGAUGGACGACUCGUGUUCUACAAUGACCAACAGCGGCGUGACAUGGAGGAUGACAUCCACAUGAGGGUCAACUGCAUUAACAUCCGUAGCUCCGCUGCAUGUCAGGAGCUGAACCCACCGGAGGGGAAGACGCGUGAUGCCUUGCUGCAGAUAGUGUGCAGGGAUGGACGGGUCAUCAGCCUGUGUGCAGACAGCGCCGAUGAUGCUUUAGCCUGGACCAUGGCACUUCAGGAUGCCAGAAUAAACACGGUGGUCGCUACUCCCCAGAUCGGCUUUGCGCAGGAAGUGAUGGCAUCUGCUCCUCCUCCCUACUCAGAAUACGCUCCCCCACAGGUUUAUGCCCCAGGUCCAUAUGGAGACUAUGUUCCAGCUCCCCCACAUGCUACCCAGAUUGUAUACUCUGCUGAUGGGCAGCCCUACGCUGUUGCUUAUCCCUAUCAGUACCAAGGUGGGUACGCUGCUCCCGAAGUGAACCGCGUUAUUAUUCGGGAGCGACAGCGUGAAGACGGAGGAGAUGUGGCUUUGGGCAUGCUGGCCGGAGCAGCCACUGGUUUGGCACUCGGCUCUCUUUUCUCUGUCUUUUAGUGUCGUGACUAACGUAACAUUUAUUAGCACACAGUUCCCUCUAUUCACAGCAUAUGGCUUCUUCUGUGUGCCAUCACAUGAGUUCGAAUGAAAUGUAUCUGUUGGGCUACAUCUAUGAAGCAUGAUUGUGAUGGGCAGUGAAUUACUCACUACGUGUCCUAAAAUAAAAAAAAUCCUUGAUAUUUAACUAUAUAUACACACAGGCGACAAAUUAAAGGAAAAAAGCAGAAUUAAGUGUCUUAGUAAGAUGUUGGGCCAUGACAUGAAGUCAGAACUGCUUCCAUGCACUUUAGUGUUGAUGCUUUAAGUCUCUAGAACUCUACUGAACUAUUCUUCCAAAAAAUAUUUUGCGUAUUGAUGAUGGUGGUGGAGCAUGCUGUCUUCAGGUGGAUUUUUAGUUCCCUGUUGGUAUCUGGCCAAAGGGAAUUUAGCUAAGGCAGAGGAUAUGGAGGUGCAAUUAUGUCCAGUCUUCCAACAACCACUGAUGCUAUGCAUAGGUUGAUUUGGCUGAGAAGGUCGACUAGCUUGUGACUGCAAAUACAACAGACCUGCUGCACAUCACUGAUCCAGUUUAGCACUUUUCUGCACCAAAGCAAAAAAAAAAAAAAAGGACCAACGAUGGCACAAACAAGUGUAGCCUACAGUUCUGGUUGUUCCCCAGAUUUCUGACCCCAGCCCCCAAGUGGUAGCAAACAGGUAGAUGCAGGUAUGCAAAAUUAUGAAUAGCACCAAAGCAUUAGCAUCUUCCAUUUGUUUGAGAUCUGGUGAUUGUGAAAGCCAAAGCAUAUACAUCAUUUUCAUUAGUCAGUGAAUGGGGGGGCUUCGCUAUCCUUGAAGAGUCCGAUCAGGCAAGAUAUAUCGGUCAUAUAUUGAUUUGCUUUACUCUAAAAAAAAAAACAAAAA